AUGACCCAACUGGCUGUCCCACACAGCCCGAACGACGUCGGAUGGAAAACGCUUAGCCCCGCGCUGAGCGGAUCACGUGACAGGACGGAUGAGGAAUGGCUCCAGCUUUUAGACAAAAGCCUGGCGGAGCCGUUGCAGGUGGUGCAUGCAACACCUGCAACGCAUGCAAACGCAUGCAAAACCCAUGUAUAUAGUCUUAAUCACAACCAUAAUCAGGUUUACCAGCUCCCCAUACAGCUGCUAGGUCAAACCACAACCUGCCUUCUCUACUCCGCUAAAACCCAUACUCUGCUCGACGAACUGUACACUCAAUCAAGCUAA